UAGAAGGCAUAGACGUGUUCAUUAUUUUCCAGGUUAUCAUUUUUGUCGCGUGUUGAUUCGAUGGCUGUAUGGCCUACAACUCGAGCUAGGCCGCUAGGCCACCUCAGCUAUUCCGACGGCAACGCCUCCAACUUUUAAUAUCGUCAGAUCAGAUCCUCAUCUACAGCCCAUUGCACUCCAUAACGGCAGCCCUGGAUAUGCUUCCAUGGUGGAAGCAUACCCCUCGAUAGCACAAUGCGCCGUGCUGGCCACGGCCUUCAAGGUCCUCCUCUUCCCAGCAUACAAAUCGACCGACUUUGAGGUCCAUCGCAACUGGCUCGCAAUCACCAACAGCCUCCCCGUCCAGGAAUGGUACUACGAGAACACUUCAGAAUGGACUCUCGACUACCCGCCCUUCUUUGCCUACUUCGAAUGGCUCCUCGCCCAGGUCGGCCGGCUUGUCGACCCAGAGAUGGUCCAGGUGUAUAACCUCAAUUAUGAGAGCUGGCAGACCGUCUACUUCCAGCGCGCAACCGUCAUUGUCACAGAGCUGGUCCUGGUUUACGCCCUGCACCUCUAUGUCGAGACAUCCCCCGUCUCUACGAAACGCGCCGCCCGAGUCGCAGCUCUCUCGAUUCUCUUCUCCCCCGGCCUCCUCAUAAUCGACCACAUCCACUUCCAAUACAAUGGCUUUCUCUACGGGCUCCUCAUUCUCUCCCUCGUUCUUGCGCGCAAGAAGUCGACGCUGCUCCUCAGCGGCAUCCUCUUCGCCGUGCUCCUGAUGUUCAAGCAUAUCUACCUCUACCUCGCUCCCGCAUACUUCGUCUACCUCCUCCGCGCGUACUGCCUGGGCCCGAAGUCAAUCUCCCAUAUCCGCUUUGGCAACACCAUUAAGCUCGGCGUGAGCAUCUUGGCCGUCUUCGCUGCCGCUCUCGGACCAUUCGUGUACUGGGGUCAGAUCCCGCAGCUGUUGAGCCGCCUGUUCCCAUUCUCGAGAGGCUUAUGCCAUGCCUACUGGGCUCCGAAUGUGUGGGCCAUGUACUCCUUCAUAGACCGCAUCCUUAUAUACGUCGCCCCUCACAUCGGCCUCCCCGUCGACGCCUCCGCCCUCCAAAGCGUAACCCGCGGCCUCGUAGGCGACACCGCCUUCGCGGUCCUCCCCCCAAUCACGCCCUCAACCACCUUCGCCCUAACCCUCCUCUUCCAAGUCAUCCCCCUCAUCCGCCUCUUCCUCGACCCCACCUGGCCCACCUUCAUCGGCGCCACCACCCUCUGCGCCUACGCCUCCUUCCUCUUCGGCUGGCACGUCCACGAGAAAGCUAUCCUCCUGAUCCUUAUCCCCGCUUCCCUCAUCGCCCUCCGCGACCGCCGCUACCUAGGCGCCUUUCGGCCCCUCGCCGUCGCUAGCCACGUCUCCCUCUUCCCCCUCCUCUACACUCCGGCCGAGUUUCCCAUCAAGGUCCUCUACACCCUUGCUUGGCUGCUGGUCUUCCUCCUCGCCUUCGACCAUCUAGCCCCUGCGUCGGACCGCUCGCGCGUGUUCCUCCUCGAUCGCUUUUCCCUACUGUAUAUCGCUGUCAGUAUUCCGCUCGUCGCGUACUGUUCCCUCGUCCAUGGAUUAGUCUGGGGGUCCAGAUAUGAGUUCCUGCCCCUCAUGUUCACGAGCUCGUAUGCGGCCGUUGGGGUCGUGGGCAGCUGGGUCGGCUUUUUGGUCGUGUAUUUUACUAGCUAGACCUACCAUAGCAUAUAACAGACAUCGAUACCCUUCAAAACU